UGUAUGGGGAGUGGUUUGGUCGUGCAGCUCAGAUACAGGUUGCGGCAACACGGAGGAUGGCUUCAAUUGGAGACCCACCCCAAGAAUCAGAUCUGAGGAUUAUCAUCAUUGGACCCAGUGAGGUUGAUGUGGCUUCAAUUGGAAACAUCAUCCUUGGGAGAGAGGUGUUUGGAUCUCAGAGUAGCAAGUGCAUAAAGAGGGAUGGAGAGAUAGCUGGUAGAAAAUUAACAGUGGUAGUCACACCUAAUCGAUGGUCCAGACUUCUACUGCUUGACAAUUCAGAGCGCGAUAAGCAAGAGCUAAUGCUCAGCAUGCUUCUGUGUGAUCCUGGACCUCAUGCCAUCCUUCUAGCCAUUGGUGAGGAGGAGGUCACAAAGGAUAUGGCUAUCUCAAUGGAGGAACACACAGAGCUUCUUGGCCAGGAAGUUUGGGAUCAUACAAUAUUAUUAUACUCUUCUGACAACCAGCAAGAAAAAUGUGUAAAGGGAUCAGGAGCAGCUUUCAAGAGGAUUACAAAUAAAUGUGGACACAGAUAUCAUGUUCUCAGCAACACAGACCAUGGUGACAGAAUUCAGGUCACAGAGCUACUGAAGAGGAUAGAUGAGAUGCUACAGAAAAAUAAAGGCAAACACUGUGAGAUACACAGGAAGAUCUACCUUGUACAGAAAUGGAGGGAAGCUGAAGAUAAUCGAGCAGAACAAAGACUACUAAUGACUCAGAAUCACAGAAAGAUGCUGAGAUCAAAAAUGGGAAGCACAAGCCACAGUUCAGGGGUCAGAGUUUUGCUAACAGGCUAUCAGUUUUCUGGAAAGAGCUCAACAGGAAACACAAUCCUGGAACAGGAAGCAUUUGUGACAUUUCCCAAAAGGAGGAUGUCAAAGUGUGUAAAAAGUGAAGGAGUUGUUCAAGGAAGGCAUGUUACUGUAGUGGAUAUUCCAGGACUAUGGAGAAUUCACCCAGUCAAGUACACUACUGAGCUUUGCCAGCAGGAAAUGAUGCUUAGCGUAACUCAGUGUCCACCAGGCCCCCACAUUGUGCUUGUGCUUGUCCGUUUAGACAUUUCGUUCACUGAAAAUAGCAAGAGGACAAUUGAGGGACACUUUCAGCUUUUUGGUGAGAAUGUUUGGAGAUACACCAUGGUGCUGUUCACAUGUGGGGACUCUCUGGGAGAAACAACGAUUGAGCAGUUUAUUGAGAGUGAAGGGGAAGCUCUCCAGUGGCUAGUGAAGAAAUGUAACAACAUGUACCAUGUGUUCAACAACAACAAGAAGGACGAUCGCUCUCAGGUUUCUGAACUGCUUGAAAAGAUUGAUGAGGUUGUUGCUAGUAAUGGUGGUGGCCAUUUUGAAAUGGAUCAGAUGAUUUUGCAGGAGGUUCAAGAGAAGAGGAAGAUGGCAGAAGACAAAGCUAAAAAGAGGAGACUGAAGGCACAAGAGGAGAAAAGAGGAGCAACUGGUUCAGAAUCUAAAAAAGCUAACAAAAGUGCCAUGCAUGUGGCAGGAACCUCGUCUAGUGAUCCUGAGGUCAACAUUGUGCUAAUUGGUUAUAGAAGAGCUGGAAAGACCACAGUUGGAAACAUUAUGUUAGGCAAAAACAGUUUUUCCAGACGAAAGACUUUUCAUAGUGAGCAGCAGCAUGGACUAGUAGCAGGAAGACAGGUUGUUGUAGUAGACACUCCAGGCUGGGACUGGGACCAUAAUUUGGAGGUAACGCCUGAGCUUGACUGGCAGAUAGUAGAGAGUGUUCAUACUCAUUGUUCCAAAGAUGCACCUGUUGUUUUCCUUCUGGUUGUGCGAGCAGCUUUUCCCUUCAAAGAAGUAAACAAACUCAUUACUGAAGAAUAUCUGCAACUUCUUGGUGACUCUGUCUGGAAUCACACCAUAGUGCUGUUCACCACUGGAGGCUGGAUGGAAGACAUAGACAUAGAACUGCACAUUGAGAGUGAAGGGGAUGCGCUGCAGUGGCUUGUAGAAAAAUGUGGGAACAGGUACCAUGUUUUGGACACUAAAGAGAAGAAAGAAGACGUGCAAGUCCCUGAGCUGAUGAGAAAGAUAGAACAAGUAGUGGCAAAAAACAAGAGCUGUCCUUUUGAGUUAGACAAAGAAAUCUGUGAGAGAUUUGAGAGGAAAUCUUCUUCUGUCAGCAAUCAGCCCUCACAAAGGAUGUUACAAGUCAGAGAGGAAUAUGGCAGCAUGGUCUGGCCUCUACCUAACAUGCAUGAUGGUUCUUAUGAUGAUGAUGAUGAUGAUAAGAGCUCUGGCUUUGGCUCAGCUCUAUCUCUGCAGCCUUCUCCAUCAUCAAGGGGUGAGUCACUCAACAACUUCAGUAAGAGCAGAACUCUGAGAGACCUGUCUAUUCCCAUACACUCAAAAUCAGACCCUGACUCCAGUCUGAAAUCUGUAAGAGAAUCAACAGAAGACAAGAGGCUGAAAACUGAGACACUGAAAUAAUCAUAAAAAAAGAAUGAAAUAUUUUUAAAAUGUAAUAUUUAAAAAAGUGUGUUUUGAUGUUUUAUGCAGUACAGUAUGUAUACAUCAGGAAUUUUAUUAUGGAUUACAUCGUCUGUAUACUUUUCUUAUUAUUUUAUUCCAUAGUAUAAGGUAUUAUUUAACUGAAGAAUGAAUGUUAGUAAACUUUUGUAAUACUAAAGUCGUUAUUUUUUGCCUGUUCUAUAUUUGUAAAACAGUAAAACCUAUAAGUAUAUAUACAGUAUGUAUGUAUACAAGUAAGUACUCAGAAUUUAUAGAGGUACUUGUUAUGAAACCUACAUGUCUUGAUAUUUUUGUGACCAACAGAGGGAGAUAUGCUACAGGAAAUAGGGCUCUAUU